AUGUGCCGGCGGGCGCGGCUUGCGCGCCUCGCGCAGCUUCCUUUGCGCCUUGCGGUGCGAAGUCCGAGCUCAUUUUCGCAGCCGGCGUACGCUUCCAGAAACUGCAGCACUGGGAAGGGAGCCCUGCGUCGGGAGGCACCAGGAGACCCGAAGGGGCAAGCGAAGCAGGAGGCACACGUUCGAAAAGCCUUGUUCGCCCAACUUCGUCCAGAUGGAGGGAGCAAGUUCUGGAAAGACGUUUCGAAGCGGGCUGCAGUUGUCCACGCAGCUGAGGAGCUCAGCAGGCACGGAUGGCUGCGCAGCACGAAGGACUUCACAGUGGUGGCCUCGUCGCUGAUCCGAGCAAGUCGGUGGUCGAGGGCCUUGGUGGCUUUGACAGAGGAGCUUCCUGAUGCAUCGCUGCUUCCAGAUGCCGUGGCCUGGAAUGCCUGUGCGGCAGCUUGUGCCGCCGGGAGCCACUGGGCCGGUGCUCUGGCUCUCCUGGAGAGGGCAGCUGACAGCUCUGUGCCCAUGCUUCGUGCUGCCAUGGAUGCAUGCUUGAAGGCCAGCCUUUGGCAGAGAGCGCUGCUCCUACAACCAGACGGUGAUGUUGGAUGCUACGCUGCAGCUGCUCGGGCCCUCGGGCGGACAGCAAACUGGCAGAUGGCGCUUAUGCUUCUGCAGAAGUCGCACUGCAAGACGUCGCGCAAGGAUGCAUCUCAGCUGCUGCGCGACGUGCUGGGCGUGAUGGCAAAGGCAGGCAAGUGGAAGCAUGCCUGUGGUGUGCUGACUGCCCACAUGGAUACGGGACCAAAUUCAGAUCGGCAAGAUCGUCUCCGGGUGGCCAAGUUUGAUAAUGCAGCUUUGAAUGCGGUGAUUGCAGCCUGCACGGAGGCUGCCAGGUGGGAAAAGGCGCUGGAAGUUCUCCAAGCAGGCCGUGGAAUGAGGAUACAAACAGACGUGGUAAACCACAAUGCAGCUCUUGCAGCUUGCGCUCGAGCAGCCCAAUGGCGGAGCGCAUUGGAACUGCUGGCGGCGAUGACACUCGCGACAGGAGCGACGGCUGCGGAUGUCGCAAGCUUCAGCAUUGCAAUCACAGCGUGCGAGAAAGCAGGGCGGAGUCGAGAAGCCUCGCAGCUCAUGGAAGAUAUGGCCAGUGCGGGUCUCCCGCUUGAUGCGAUCGCCUUCAGCGCCUGUAUCAGUGCAUGCGAGAAAUCCAACGAUUGGGCCAGAGCACUCUACCUCCUGACCGUAGCCCUCAGACAAGAGCAGGCUGAUUCCGUCAGCUGCAGUACCACGCUCAGUGCCUGUGAGAAGGCCUCGCGCUGGGAGCUUGCCUUGCAAUUGCUAUCUGGCAACUACAAUUGGGAGGUUGGUGCUGUUGGGAAUGGGGCCUUUCUGACAUCAUGCAAAAACAGUUCUCGUUGGAUGGAAGCCUUGGCUGUGGUUCACGCGAAACGGCGAUUAGAUGCCAUUGGCCUGACCAGUGCUCUGGGUGCAGCUGAGACAGCAGGGUACAACGGGGCCCUGUGCACAGUUUUGAGAGACCUCCUGCACCAGACCAGCAUGCAAUUGCUCUUUGCCUGCAGAGUCGGGGGAGGUCCUGCAGCAAGCCGAGCACAUGCCGCAUCGACAGGAGGCUUGGACGUCUUGGAUAGCCAUGGUCUUCUCCAUUUGGGUGGCUUGGCGGUGGCACGCGUGCGUGUACGACAGGCUGCCCUGAAGGAAUUCCAAGAGAAAGUUGCAGAGAACCCGGUGCUGCAGUCCCUCUGUGACUUGGGCAGACCAUGUUCAAGAGAUGCCAUGGAGGAGCUGAAGCUCCCUACCCAGCUCAGCCGAUGGCAAGUGGGCGCACGAGAUGUUCUGGCUGAAGUGCUAUUGAAUGCCUCACCGAACUUGCAGCCCUUGCCGAUUCACGAGAAGGCUGUAAAGAUUUUUGCGGAGUCCCAGAAGGUGCUGCGGGAGGAAGCGGAGCAAGAGCUGCUGGCAUCCUUCAAGGAGCUCGUGCCAGCAGUGCGGCCAAGCAUCACCUGUGACUACGAAGUGGGUGCGAGCUUGAGUGACAUCGGAUGUGACAACAUACCGCUUGUGUCGCGAAAAGAGCAAUCUGAGCAAUCUUAUCGUAGCGACAUGCAAGAUGUGCAUAACAUGAACGUCUAUGAGAUGGGUCUCAGUGCUGGAGUGGUUGAAGAUCUAGUGACACAGGGCGGCGACAUGACUGCUAAUUUGAACGUAGCAGGGAAUGCAAUGCCCGGUGGGGCCUUGACUUUGAACCUCUCACUGGGGAAGAUCCGCGUCAUGAAGGCCUUCGUGGGAGCCUCCCUGAACCAGGAGUGUCUGAACAUGAUGCAGUUCGCCACAAGCCCUGUGGAUGCAGUUCACCUCAUCUACACGCGGAGUAGCGAUUCAACUUUAGCAGUCAACGAGGACUGCAAGGUGCUAAGUUGUCGGGUCCUUGCCAAUGCAUUAUACCUCAUGCCGGACUUGCAGAAUGGUGGAGCUAAUUGCACGAACCAGUUUGAGAUCAAGACGCCCGAAGAUGCGAGCUUCUGUCCUUGCUCGAGCUUGCUUGCCGAGAUCGAUUCCACGGUACAGGCGGAGAUCGACAGCGUGUGCGGCUCGCGACUCCUGAAGGAUGGAUGUGGCAAAUAUGCCACUGAGCCAAGUUGGUGCAACUCGACAGGCGGCAGACGACUGGAUGUUUUGGAAACGUCGGAAGCGGCGGAGCUUCCAUGCAAGACGCCAUCCUGGCAAGAGCCACCGACGUUGGAUUCCUUCUUGGAAGUGCCAUCUGAAUCGAGGCAGCUUCAGCAGGUGAACAGCGAUGCACCGCCAUGGACCGUCGGCCCAUGGUCCACAUGCAAGUGCUUUGAGCAGUGCAUGCCGGGGCUGCGGUCGCGUAUCGUCCAGUGUGGCGGAAGCGUGUGCAGGGGAAGUCAACCUGAGAGCACUCAGGAGUGCACGUGCACACAUUGUGCCCUCUGCCAGCAUGCUGAGAUUGUCUUGCACAUAAGCUUGAUCAUCAACUUCUCGCAGGCUGGGAUGGCGCUCAUCCUGGGCCUGGCUUUGGGCUACUUUGGCUCGCUGGGGGAGGAGAAGCUCAUCAAAAUCAGCCUGUUGUCGAAGCUGGCUGGCUUCUUCUGCAAGAAUUUGCCCAUGCUGGAGAACCUCGCCGAUCUUGUGAGCUUGGGUCUUUUCGUUUGGCUGGUCAUCAUCACAUACAUCCCGCCCAUCUUCGAGUUGUACUGGAUGCAGGACUGCUUCCAGAACGAGCUCUUGAGGGUGUCCUGCUCUAUUCCUCUCCUCCUGUGGCUUUGUAGACUGAUGCUGGGCCGAUGUGCUAAGCGGUACACUAGGGUACCUCCGCAGCUCUACUCCCCGGUGCGACGCUUGCCUAUGGGGAUCAAGCACAUCAACGCUUUCAUGCGCUGCCUCGGGCCCGUCUGA